AUGAUAAAAAAGCCUGCACGAAUAAACGGCUCGACCAAAACUUUGAUAGACAUUAUCGCCACUAACAACCCGGUAUCAGUUAAAGCCACGGAUGUUAUUCCGCUUUCCAUUGGCGAUCACGAUAUGAUCGGCUGUGUUCGCAAGAUAAACUCGACUAAGUUUAAGCCAAGAACUAUAAUUUGUCGAGACUAUAAAAGCUACAACCAAAACGCAAUGAACAACGAGCUAAGACUCGUUGAUUGGUCCUACGUGUAUAAUAAUAGCAAUGUGAACUCAGCUUGGACUUACAUGAAGACAAUAAUAACUGGCAUAUACCUAAAAUAUGCUCCAGUUAUUUCAAAGCGAGUUGAAGGUAAACCAGCACCAUGGUUGACGGUCGAAGUCAAACAGCUUAUGAACGAGCGGGAUAGUUUACUUCGUAAAUAUCGUAGGACCAGCAAUGACGAGGACUUUCAUGCGUAUAAACUAAAGCGUAAUAAGGUGAAUACUUUGUUGCGUCAAGCGAAGUCCUCGUAUAACAAAAAUCUGUUGGAAGAAAAUUCGAAGACUCCUGAGUCAUUUUGGAAAAUAAUUAAAUCAAUUUACCCAGUUAAAUCAACAAGCAAAAAUACGAGUCUAUCAUUUGAAAUUGACGGCGAGAUGUCAGCUGAUGCAUCAAAAAUUUCAAACGCUUUUUGCUCGUAUUUUAAUAACAUUGUUGCCACUUUGAAGCAGAAAGCUUUUCCACUGCGUAAUCUAGUUUGGAGAAACCCUAAAAAUAUUGGUAAAAAGACGGAGAAAGUUUUCAAGUUUCGAAAUGUUUCCAUUUUGGGAGUGGAAAGACAGCUGAGAUCGCUUAAAUCUACUAAAUCUACGGGUUGUGACAAUUUACCACCAAGAUUAUUGAAAGAAUCAGCUUCUACCAUUGCUCCACCGCUUACCCAUAUAAUAAAUUUGUCAAUGCAGUCUGGUCUGAUUCCAUCCGAAUGGAAAUCGGCAAAGAUUAUACCAGGGGCGGAUCUAGCAUUUUUGGUACGUUAGUCAAACAUUGGGGAGGGAGUACUUUUGACUGAGGGAGGGGGGUACUUUUGACGGGGGCCGGGGGGGGGGGUUGCCAAGCAAAUUAAUAUUUUUUAUAUGUGUUCUGUUUACAAAAAAAUGUAACUUAAAAAAUUGUUCUUUUGCCAAAUGUCAAACAGGUAUCCAAUUCUCAUCGAGAAAUAGAUUGAAAAGGAUGACUUGACGUUUUAAAAAUUGUUUAUAUUUAAUCGCAUAUUUUUCCUUUGACAUGGAUGGUCAAAAUAUUUUGCAAUUUUGUGAUGCAGUUUAGAACAUUUGAUUGACUGUUAAGCAGGAAGAGAAUUUCCGCGUUUAAUUCAAUGCUCCUCGAGUUUCAUUCGUAGCAGAAACAUGCGCCAUGAAUAAAUAUUCACAAUGGCAACAUGAUCCAUUUUACUUGUUGUUACAUGUUGUAGAGAUCGUAUUACACAAGGCCAUGCUACCUAUUUUAAGCGACAAGAAUUCGACAAUGUAUAAAUAAUACAGUGUUAUUAAGUAGCUAUCUGAUUAACAUAUAAAGUCCACAUGUCACAAGAAGCAUAAAUAAAGUAUAAACACACUGAAACUGUCUGUAUUUAGCCGCAGUAUUUAUGUAAAUUGACGGAAAUAUUAUAUCAAUUUCGUCUCGUAUUUUUAUACGUCUUAUACGCAUACCCGUCGAUAUUAUAGCAUGUGCGUACAGACGCACAAUCCACCACAGUAUACAACAGUUAUAAUGCUUAUUAAUAGUUUGGACGUUCUCUGGUUUAUAAAAAUAAUGCUAUGUCUAGUUAAAAUAGAAUAUAUAUAUAUAUAUAUAUAGGCCGUACAAAAGAUUUUUGUCUUCUCUCGAACGUACUUCAGGAUGUAAGAUUCCGCACCAAAAUUUCGUGCGAGGAAGGCUGCUUAUGUUAUUCACAACGCUCAAUAAAUCUUUAAUAGAAUUAUAGAAAGCUUCGGUACACCGUUACUCGCUUGUUUAAAUAAGCUUCAAAUUCAAUAUCUUUGACAUUUUGUCGAUCACAUUCUCUAAAGCAGCCUUUGCGGUUUCGUAAAUACUAACAGACAUGGCUAGUAUUAGUUCAGAAUUUCUGAUAGUAAAUCUUCCCAUUGAACUUUAAUAAUUUGCGGUCAAGCACAUAGUAGCGAUCAGAAAGGGCCAGAAACGUCGCUAAUAAAGUGCACUAUGAUCGAUCAAAAAAAUCCAGCCAAUGGGAAUUCAGUAUUAGUAGUCGUUAUUUAUAUACAAUAAAAAAACAAAGGGGGAGCGGGAACCAGAAAAAUUUAACUGGAAUUAGUAUUACGCGAGAGUGCUCAAGUGGGCGUUGGCCAUGGGCGUGGUGGGCUGUACGGACGGGGGGAGUUUUGGUGGUCAUAUGACUUCAGGAAUGUUGCUGUCCUGUUGUGCGCUCUGGAGGGUGUGUGUGUUUGUUUUUUUGGGGGGGAGGGCGCGCGCGCGUCGUUCUUACAAGAACGGGGGCUGGGGCGAGAUGUUACUCCAAAGCCGCGGUCGACCGAACUGAUUCGGAUUUGAAGUUCGCGCUCUUUUAUGUGCACGUGCCCGUUUUUAGGGUGUUGCGGGUGUUUGCGGGUUGUUUCAGGUUGUAGUAACCUGAAAUUACGGGUGUUUUUCGGGUAG